AUGGCUCUUCAUCGUCUUCUCACUCUUUUGCUGGGCCUCACUGCUGCUGCUCAAGGCCAUAUUUACAAACGAGCUGUAUCCUCUGAACCUCUUCCACCCAGCCAAGAUCCAUGGUAUACCGCUCCAGAAGGCUAUGAGAGCAAAGAGCCCGGCACUGUUCUUCGUCUACGCCCUGCACCAGGAAAUUUGACCCGCAUCACUGGAAACAGCUCUGCUACGUAUAAUAUCUUGUACCGCACCACAGACAGCCAGUACAAGCCAACAUGGGCCGUAACAACGCUCUUUGUGCCUAAGCUUGGGGCCAACAGCACUGCUGCGACGCUCUUCAACCAGAGCGCUUUGCUCUCGUACCAAGUUCCCUAUGAUUCAGCAGAUGUGGAUGCUAGCCCCAGUUACGCGGUUUACUCCGCAGAUGGUGUCAGCAGUCUGGAGCUUUUCAAUGCUGCUCUAGGUCUUGGCGUGUUUCUCAGCGUUCCUGACUACGAAGGUCCUCUUGCGUCCUUCACAGCAGGUGUCAUCUCCGGCCAUGCGACUCUUGAUUCAAUCCGCGCUAUUCUCUCUCUCGGCCUUGGUCUCAACGCAACGAGUCCUCGCGUUGCGCUUUGGGGAUACUCUGGUGGCGCGUUGGCUAGUGAAUGGGCUUCUGAGCUUGUUGUGCAGUAUGCGCCUGAUCUUCAAGACACAGUCGUUGGUGCUGCGCUUGGUGGCCUGACACCUAAUGUCACCGCUGUCUUGGAUGCUAUUUCCGGCAAAGACGCUGCUGGCCUUGCGCCAAGCUCCAUUCUCGGUCUAACUAGCCAGUAUCCUGACGUGCAGAAGUACGUUCUCUCGCAAUUGAAGACGUCCGGAGAAAACAACAAGACUGCCUUCCUGGCUGCCGAGAACUACACCCUCGCUGAAGCAGGCGCUGCAUUUGCGGGAGUCGAUAUCUUCGAUUUCUUCAAGGACGGCGAGAAGCUAUUCCGUGAUCCUCGCGUCCAGCGCAUCAUCAACCGCGAUGGAAUAAUGGGCUACCACGGCGUCCCCCAGUGGCCCAUCUUUGCGUACCAGGGUGUCCAUGAUGAGAUCAGCCCGAUCGCAAACACGGAUAAGCUCAUUGAGCGAUACUGCGGUGUCGGCGCUAAUAUCCUGUAUCAACGAAACACUGUGGGCACGCACUCACAGAACUUUGUGCUUAAUGCUGCUACGGCUAUUCAGUGGUUGGCUGCUGUUUUGACUGGACAGUAUGAUAAAGCGUACAAGACGGAGGGAUGUACUAUUCAGAAUGUUACGAGGAAUAGUACUGCUCUUCCGUUGAGGAAGAGAGGUAUGCCUAUGAGGGUUUAUGAUUUGUGGUGA